UGGGGCUGUUUGCGCCCGAGUCUGCGUGGCCGGGCCCAGCUGUGCGGGCGGACCCGGUACGGCUGCAGGGCCCGACGCCCACCCGGAAGGCCCCGCCGACCUCCGGGUCGCCGCGGGCUGCCCUCGCGGGCUCUAGUUCACCUUCGGGCUUUUCCUUCGUGCGAGUUGGUGGGCCCCUCCGGUCUCUUAACAUGUACUGGGUUGACGUCAAACGCAGGGACGAGGCCGUCUCGAUUCCGUGGCGGGUGUACCGUGUGCCCGUGGGACAGCGCGAGGCAGGCGGGUGAAGGAGACCCGCUCGCGAAGGAGGAAAGGGAAAGGAAUAAUGCUGUCAGCAUGUCUGCACACUCCAUGCUCUGUGAACGAAUCGCCAUAGCCAAGGAACUGAUCAAGAGAGCAGAAUCACUUUCUAGAUCAAGAAAAGGUGGCAUAGAAGGUGGUGCAAAGCUGUGCAGCAAAUUGAAGGCAGAAUUAAAAUUCCUGCAGAAAGUAGAAGCCGGGAAAGUAGCUAUUAAGGAAUCCCAUUUACAGAGCACUAAUCUGACACACCUAAGAGCCAUUGUGGAAUCAGCAGAAAACUUGGAGGAAGUUGUUAGUGUUCUUCAUGUCUUUGGUUACACAGAUACCUUGGGAGAAAAGCAGACCCUUGUGGUGGAUGUAGUUGCAAAUGGUGGUCAUACUUGGGUGAAAGCCAUUGGCCGAAAGGCUGAAGCUCUCCAUAACAUUUGGCUGGGCAGGGGCCAGUAUGGUGACAAAAGUAUCAUUGAACAGGCUGAAGACUUCCUCCAGGCCAGUCACCAGCAGCCUGUGCAGUAUAGCAACCCUCACAUCAUCUUUGCGUUUUACAACAGCGUCUCCAGCCCCAUGGCAGAGAAGCUCAAAGAAAUGGGCAUUUCUGUGAGAGGAGACAUAGUGGCAGUUAACUCUCUGUUAGAUCACCCUGAAGAGCUCCAGCCGAGUGAGAGUGAGUCGGAUGACGAGGGCCCUGAACUUUUGCAGGUGACCAGAGUGGACCGAGAAAAUAUCCUCGCAAGUGUUGCGUUUCCAACGGAAAUUAAGGUCGAUGUGUGCAAAAGAGUAAAUCUGGACAUUACUACUUUAAUCACAUAUGUAUCUGCCCUCAGCUAUGGAGGCUGCCACUUUAUCUUCAAAGAGAAAGUGCUUACGGAACAAGCAGAGCAAGAGAGGAAAGAGCAGGUUUUACCACAGCUGGAGGCAUUUAUGAAGGACAAGGAGUUGUUUGCUUGUGAAUCUGCUGUCAAGGACUUUCAGUCUAUUCUAGAUACCUUAGGAGGACCUGGGGAGAGAGAGAGGGCCACUAUGCUAAUUAAACAAAUUAAUGUGGUGCCAGAUCAGCCUUCUGAGCGUGCCUUGAGACUAGUGGCCAGUUCAAAAAUCAAUAGCCGCUCAUUAACAAUUUUUGGGACGGGAGACACUCUAAAAGCCAUCACCAUGACUGCCAAUAGUGGUUUUGUCAGAGCUGCCAACAACCAGGGUGUUAAGUUUAGUGUGUUUAUCCAUCAGCCCAGAGCACUUACUGAGAGCAAAGAGGCUCUAGCCACCCCCUUACCAAAAGACUACACAACUGACAGUGAACACUAAUGGUAUCCUUUAAAUAUUGUCGUGGAAAACCAAAGGCUGGGUCCUCCCAUCUUAAAUGGGGAGGAGGAAAAAAGGUCUAUAGUAAAAAUAAUACUUAGAACUCUUAAACCAGUAGAGUUGAUUGUGUGUGUCAUCUAUAAAAUAUAUAACCUAAAGUAGAAAAAGCACAAGAGACAAGCUUAUUUAUCAAACUGCCUACAUUACAGCGAUUAAGAACAGAACUACAUCUAUAUAAAGCUUUUAGCUGUGUUGCAGUACUUUUAUUUGAUUCAGUAGGGCAGCAACCCCCUAGUGGUAAUCAGCAUUUCAUGGGGUAUGGCUAUACUGCGUCUCGCAUUAAAUAUCUGGAGAAAACUGAAGCUUGUUUUUCGUUAUAUUGGUUCAUCUGUUCAUGUGGGUUGAGGCUGGGAAAUUUAUAAUUAGUUUUUGGUUAUAAAGUUAUGGCCGUUAUUAAUGAAAAGAAACUUGCUUGAUUGCUGUAUGUCAGGCAUACUCUGGUGGGUGCGUUUACGAAGAGUACGUUAAUAUGGAAGAAAAUAAAGUGAAUACUGGUCACGUGAGUCCCAUGAACCUAUGUAUAGGCCUUUGUGAAAAGAAAGAGCAGUCCCAUUACUAUACACCUGGGACGUUUAAUGUAAAAUAUUUGAAUAACUUGUAAAAGAAUUAGAGAAAACAUUUGAAAGGAAUUCAAAUUUUACUUUUAAGUACAAAUAGUUCCCAUAUGGCAGGGAUUUGACUUACAAAUACUGCCUUUACUCUUCCUUUUGCAAGUGGCAGGUAACAACUUGACAACUGCAUUACUUCACUCUGUGAAAUGGUGGUAGGAGGUUCCAUGCCUGUUGCAUGACACAAAUCUUAAUGAAAAAUAAAUUUUUAUGUCCAUGUUGCCUUAGGUGCUUUAUUUGCAACAAAGCAAAACAGAUUAGCAAAGGAGAUAUGUAUUGACUGUAUUUUAAAAAUUGGGGACACUAGGUCUUAGCGCUUAAGUAUUAAUGUGUAGGAGCCAGUAUUAGAAUACGUUGCCACAGCCUGACCUCGUUCUUUUGUGCCAACUUUACUGUUUUAUGAGAAGGGAACUCAGUUUCCAGCCACAGUGUUUGUUGGUGGGGGCGGGGGUGGAAUUUGGUUGUAGGAUGUCCAUGAACACUGCAGUGAAAUGCAGAAGUAAACUUGGGGAUGUUUCUCUUGGGAGAGAUUCCAUUAUUAACUCAGAACACAGUUCCUAGGGGAAAAGGCUCUGAUUGGGAUUCCAAUUUAGUAAAGAGAGGUGGAUUUAACUUGUGUUGCACCUGAAAUUGUAUAGUGUUAAAAAUUGGGCUUAGGCCUUUUUGAGCACCUAUUAAGAUACUAAGGUGCUUCGUACUGAGCAUUUAAUAAUUUGGUCUAAAAAUGAAUAAUUGGUCUUUGCUCUAAGGAAUUCUUAGUCUGAUAUGGAGUUGAACAGCAACUGAAGUGUAAUUUAUUGAGUGUUGUCAUGUGCCAGGCACAGUACGAAGGGCUGAGCUUUCAGGGAGUAGCAGGAAAAAGGUAGAUUUCUAUCCCUUUCCACGAUGAAUUAAUACCGAAGAACUUGAAUCUUUGCCAACCAGAAUACAUACAGCCACAGCAGUCUCAGAAGAGGCUGAUUUCUGAAGUGGCCAUAGCUGUGGUUCUCUCAUGAUCAUUUUCCUUUCCUAGACAUUCAGUGAUUGCAGUUGCUAACAAUAUAAUCAGUGCAAGCAGUAGAUACAGACGUGGUGGGGCACUGGAUCCUGGAACAUAAAGUAAGGAGUGGUGCCUUCUCUAGAAACACACACACGACCUGCAUGUAUCCUAGACCCGCCACAGCUGACCAAAAUUUAUGUAUAUAUAUACGCGCAUAUACACAAAGGUAAAAUAUAAAUAAUAAAAGAAUUAGCACAAUGAAUCAUGGAACACUUCAUCUAAAACUAAUGAUGUAAUGUAUGGGGAUUAACAUAAGAAUUAAAAAAAUAAAAAAAAAAAGAAUUAGCAAAGUUAAGAGAAUUGUUAAAUACCAGUUAAAAACUGUCAAGUCCAAGGAAUCACGGUUUUAAAGCAAAGCGAAUGUCCGGAAGAUUACGAACGUGAAGAUGUGUAAUGUAGAAGCUAUGAUUAAGACCAAGAAUUGGAAGUGGUGGGUGAAAGAAAAAGCAUGUCAAAAAUCCUCAUCUUAUUUAGAAGGGAGUCAACAGCAACUCUGUGAUUUUUGCCAUUGAAAAAUAGCGCAAUAUAAUUUGAGGUGUCAAACAGGAAAUGUGACUGAUGGUACAAGUUAAACCAAGCUGACUCGCUUUCAAGUGAAGGGUGAGUUUGGAGAAUAAAUGCAGUUCAUAUAGGGAAAGACAAGUCAAAGGAAUUCACAAGGAAGCAUAAAAACCAGAAAGCAUAAAAUAAGAGACAUAGAAGACCAAAAAGGAUAUAAAAUAGCUGGGGAGAAGAUAAAUUAUUACAGGGAAAUAUACUGUAUAUACUGUUUGGGUAAAUUUGGAAAUCUCCAUGACAUAGGGAUUAGAAUUAAAUAGCCUAAAUAACCAAUAACCAUUGAAAAAAAUUGUUGAAGCUAUUCAAUAAUGACCUCCAAAAAGAUGUCCAGGCCUAGUUAGCUUCAUUAGAUAAGUUUUUGCUUACUUCUACAUAUCAAAUAAUGCUUUUGCUCUAAAAAGUAGUAUGGAGCGCGACACCAUAAGUAGGGUGGACAGUAUUGAACAUGGUAGCUGGGGUGUUCUCUUUAUAGUCCCACCCCUGUCCUCAGAGGAGAACUCUGGCCUGCUCCUGCUUGAGGACAGAGCCUUAGUGGAGGACUGGAGCCCGUUCAUGUAAUAGUAGCCUGGUCACCUCAGAUCAUUACUGUACUGGGAAUGUUUUCAGAUUCAUUUUAUGGAAUAUAAGCAUAGUUCUGAUACUAAAACCUGACAUAGUGUCCUAAAAAGAAAGCUGCAAUAAAAUUUCAGGUUAAGAAUAUAUGCACAAACAUCCCAGUUCAAAUAGAGCCCAGGCAGAGAAUACCUCACCCUGUGGGGAUUUUGUUUCCCAGAGGAUGAAAGGCAGAGAUGAGUCCCCAACCUUAAUCCUGGGGAUUUGGGGAUUAGCCUCCAUGCUGGGAUAGAAUCAGAGACAUAAGGCUUGCUUGAGACGAGGUAAUCCCAAGACCCCUGCACGAAGCCAGAACCUUUGAAAAUCUGCGGCUCCCGUGAAAGGAGAUCUUGCAAACAUCGCCCAGGGAGACAGCAAGGAGAUUAGACUGUAGUGACUCUGAGUGGAAGAAAAUGAGAGAAAUCAAGCCCAGCCUGUGCUUUGCAUGGGUUUAGAGUCCAAAUUCUGUUAAUAGCUUUUGAGGGAAGACUCAGUUAUGUGAAAUUAGUAUAAAAAUUGUCCCAGGCAAGUACUGUCCUUCAGACACCUGACAGAAACAUACAGGGCAUCAUUCUGGACUUGGGGACACUUCAGUUUCCCAAGCCUCACAGAGCCCAGUGGGAUAAAAACUGCUUGGCAGAGCUUUUCAGUGAGACAUGGUAAAAACAGGAAGAAACCCGCCACGAGUCAGCUCCUCAGUAUUGGAGUCUUCGAUGUGUUCCACAUGUAUCUUCUGAAAAAAAAAUGUAUGUUCUGAAAAAAAAAAAUAAUUCAGAGUGGCAGAUGGAGGCUAAAAUACCACUUGCAACAAAACAUUGCAUAUAGCUAAGUUGGAGAAUGUGAUUUCAAUCUGCAGAAAGAGAGCAGGACCCCCGGGUUCCGUAGACGCUACCUACCUAGUCCCAGGUAGUGCUGGCCAUGUGACAGGGGAGCUUGUCCCCUGCAGAGCUGCAGAGAACACCUCACCCAUGGGAAGCUUGUUCCCAAGAGGAAAAAGGACCGAGAUGAGCCAUCCAUCCCAGGCAGUCCUCUCAAAUUUGGUGAUCACAAAAAUGACUCUUUAUUCCCAUAGCAGAAAAGGGACAGAAGUGUACUGGUGUGGGAGGGAGAGAGCCCCCACUCCCCCCCCUCACAUCAUGGAAAUCACACUAGGAAAAAGGCAUUUCUGUCUCCACGUAAAUAAAAAAUGAUUACAGAACAGAAGCUAAAGAGAGCCGUAGGCAAACAGGGCUUCUAGAAAUAGGAAAACUAUCAGUAAAAAAAAAAAAAAAAAGCUGAGAAACUUUUUAAGAGUUGAUUAGACAAAACUAAAGCAAAGAUUCUGAACUGAAAUAUAGAUCUUAGUAAAUUUCCCAGAAUUCAGCAAAAAAGUGAAAUGAUGGAAAACAUGAGAGGAUGACACGGAGGACACCUAGAAAGGUCCAGCAAGGGUCACAGCAGAUACGGCUGGCGCUCUGAGCCAGGUCCCUGUUCUCCCUUCCUCUACCUGCCUGUCCUGUAGAGAAUGGAAACCCUCAUUCCCCCGUUCAUGCCUUUACCCAGAAGUGCCCGAAUUCCUUGCUAAGGAGACAGAAGUGGACCCCUGUUCGUCCGCCUCCUCCUCAUGCCUUCUUCCUGGUCAGUGUGGGUGACGGCAAGGCUCGCUUGCAGGAAAAUUAUAGCUAAUAAGCGUAAAGGAGAUGGUAGAAUUGGGGAAAUCGCCAUGUUGCCGUUCUAAAUUAAAUAACUUUAUGAGACGAGAGAAAAGCCAACGGAAUCUUGUAGACUUUGGUACCGACUGCAUAUGCUUUCUUCAAGAUUUGUUGCUGUGUGAAAAAAUAAAACCCCCAUGUGUUGAAUCCACUUUGGCUUUUUCAGUUACCUGUAGUUGAAAUAUUUCCAACUGAAGUUAAGGUCGGGCAGAAUUUCCUUCUUUUUUUUUUAACGAUUUUAUUUAUUCAUUUGAGACACAGAGCAGAGAGAGAGAGGGAGAGAGCAUGAGCAGGGGGAGGAGCAGAGGGAGAGGGAGAAGCAGACUCCCCGCUGAGCCAGGAGCCCGAUGUGGGGCUUGAUCCCAGGACUCUGGGAUCAUGACCUGAGCUGAAGGCAGACGCUUAACCAUCUGAGCCACCCGGUGCCCUGAUUUCCUUCUUUUUUAUGACUAAAUAAUCUUCCAUUGUAUGUCAGUGUGCCACAUUUUCUUGAUUCAUUUAUCCCUAGAUGGACACUCAGGUUGUUUCUGUGUCUUGGCCAUUGUCAAAACUGCUGCUUGCUAUGAGCAUGGGGGUGCAGAUAUAUUUGCAAGCUGAUUUCUUUCUGAUAAAUACCCAGAGGUGAAAUGGCUGGAACACAUGGAAGUUCUACGUUUUAUUUUUAUCUCUUGAGGACGCUCCAUACUGUUCUCCACAGUGGCUGCAGCAGGUGUGCCCUCCCACCAGCAGUGCACCACGGGUCCCUUCUCUCCUCAUCGUCACCAGCACGUGUUAUCUCUUGUCUUCUUGAUGGUUGCCGUUCUGACAGGUGUGAGGUGUUGGCUCGCUGUGGUUUGAUUCCUGAGCUUAGAGGGAAAAGUCUGUAGCUUUCCACCUUUGAGUAGGAUGUUGCCUGUGGGCUUGACAUAUAGGGCCUGUAUUAUGUUGAGGUACAGUCCCUCCACACUCAGUUUUCUGAGAGUUUUUAAUCAUGAAUGAAUGUUGAAAUUUGUCAGAUGCUUGUUCUGCAUCUAUUGAGGUAAUCAUGUGAUUUUCAUUCUUCAUUUUGUUAAUGGGGCAUAUCACAUUGAUUGACUUGUGGAUGUUAGACUAUCCUUGCAUCCCUGGAAUCCCCCACUUAAUCAUGGUGUGUAAUCCUUUUAAGGUAUUGUUGAAUUUGGUUUGCUAUAUUUUGUUGAAGAUUUUUAGAUUUUGGCUUGUAAUUUUCUUUCCUUGCAAUGUUUUGGUAUCAGGAUAACGCUGGCUUCGUAGGAUGUGUUUGGAAGUGUUCCCUCCUCUUUAGUUUUUUGGAAGAGUGUGGGGAUUGGUAUUAAUUCUUCUUUGAAUAUUUGCUAGAAGUCACCAAUGAAGCCAUCUGGUCCUGGAUUUUUCUUUGUCAGGAGGUUUUUGAUUACUUAUUCAGUCACCUUAUUAGUAACUGAUCUGUUCAAAUUUUCUAUUUCUUCAUUCAUCAGUCUUGGUAGGUUAUAUGUUUCUAGGAAUUUUCCCCAUUUUUUCUAGACUGAUCAAUUUGUUGGUGUAUAAUUGUUAGUCUUUAUGAUCGUAUGUGUUUCUGUAGUAUCAGUUGUAAUGUCUCUUCUUUCAUUUCUAAUUCAUUUAUUUGAGUUCUCUUUUUUUUCAUGGCAAGUCUAGCUAAAGGCAUGUAUAUUUUGCUUAACUUUUCAAAAACCCACCUAGUCUCAUUAUUCUUUUCUGUUGUCUUUUUAGGGUCUGUUGAUUCUGCUCUGAUCUUUCUUACUUCCUUCUUUCUACUAACUUUGGGCUUAGUUGGUUCUUCUUUUUAGGUUGUUUAUUUCUCGUUUCACAAUUCAAGGGUUAUCUCUUCUGGUGUCGAAUAGGUAGAUGCAGUUUCUUUAAUAUAUUUGCCACGUGUGUCUGUGGGGGGCGGUGCGUAUGUGUGUAUGUUUGUUCUGGAUCCCUCUAAUUCUUCAGGGUUAGCACAUUUUACUAGGGCCGUUAUCAAUAGCUUCUCCCUUCCUCCCUUCAUCAUCAGAUUCUCUCUCCAAGCGAUUCCACAGCCUUGCUCUCUCCCAAACUCAGUGCCUGCUCAGCACUGCUGCUUCAGGUAAGGAGGACUUUCCAAGUCUUUUCUUUUUGAUUCUGCUAUUUGCAGGCCUCAGACCCUCCUGGUCUCAGAUUGGCUCUUCAUAGCUCCCAGUUCUAGUGCUGCCUCUGCUUUUGGGAAUGGAACCUUUGUUUUUCUCUUGGGUCUCUUUCCCCCAGGACCCUCUCACCUCUCUGCUUUUCCACGAAGUUUCUACCAGAUCUGCUAGUCUUAGAUGUGUAUUUCCCCCAUUCGUUUCUAAAGUGAUAUUUAUGUUCUUCUCUGUAUUAUAAUUAUGCUGUAGGAAGAGGUUGUGAGUGUUUUAUUUGCUCUCCUUUCUGUUCCAUAUGGUUUAGAGGAGAACAUUUAGUGAAAAUGACAGCAAGGCUGUCACUAAUUGCUUAAUAGCCCUCCACUGAACAGAUAUAUCAUAAUUUUUAUGAACUUCUUUACAAUCUAUUGAGGGACUUUUAGGAAGUCUGUAGUACUUCGCUAUCAUAAACAUGUCCAACUGAAAAAAAUAUGUUCUGAAAAAAAUAUGUCCAACACUAGGGCUCUUGUUGUGUAAUAUGUUUUCUAAACCAAGAAAUUUGCAAAUAGGAUGCUAAGACAACAGGACUGUCUUGUUGAACCUGGCUGUCCUGGGCAUAUUGGACUCUACCUUGCACAGCAUAUGAAUUCCUAACAAUAGAAGUAAAGUAUUGAAUGUUAUGUGCCUGUACAUUUUGCAAUUUACUGCCAAAUUGCACUCCAAUAAAUGUCACCAAUUUAUAAUUGCAGAAAUUAUUUGCAAAAGUGUCUUUAACCUACAUUCUCACUAAUGCUGAGUAUGCUGGGCAAAGAACUUAACCUCACCAAACUUUAGAAAAUUUUAAUAAAUACGAUAAAAAAGAUUUCAUUAUCUAAAAGAAAGUGUAUUUAAUUGUGAGUCAGGUUGCUGAUAGGUUUAUUUGCCAUUUACACUUCCCUUGCUCUGAAUUGCUUAAUAUGUUUUGAGCGUUCCUAUUUCUGUUUCUUUAUUGAUUUAUAGGUGCUUUUUGUAUAAGAAGGAAAUUAGUUUUUUAUGUGUUAUGUAUUGCUAAAUCUCCUGGUUUGCCAUUUUUUUGUUGUUGUUGUUGUUACUGAGAAAAUGCUGUUAUGUUUAUCAAACACCAUUGCCUUUUUGCUCCUGAGCACACAGUUGAACCACAUUUUUUCAGCCUCCUCUGAAGUUAGAUGGGGCCAUAGGACAUGGGUAGAAGUGAAAUACGCCACUGCCACGUUUGGCUUUCAACCUUCUUGCCUAAUUCUUCACAUUCUUUUUCUCAUCUCUGGCCAGAUAUAAAAGAAACUAGUGGAGGAUUCUGAGUCUGUGGGUUGGUGAAGGUACCAAAUAAAACAAACUGGGUUCAUGAUGUC